UGAGGCUCAGGCAAAUUGCCCACGCUUUGAAAUUCAAAGUUACCUGGCUGGCAGUGGCAGCGGCGCUGCGUGUUGAGCGUGGCUGGUAGUUGGUAGCGGCAGGGUCAGGUAGUGGCAUCGGCGCUGCUCUUUUUCUUGCAAUGCUGCGCCUUCGCAGUUCUUUGCGCCUUGGCGUGCGCGCCGCAGAGCAUUGGCAUUUCAAUGCGCUCAGCGCUGCUCAUGUUUGGGCUGGGCCAGUCCGAGAUGACGAGCCUCCUGAUGGGACCCGUCAAGCAGCGUCGUCCCCCUCCAAGCUGGAGGCAGGUGUCAUUGGCCUGAGCAGUGGCCACAAUCGUCUCUCCCAGGGGCCUCUUCUGCCAUGUGGGCUGCUCCCCGCAACCCUGUGGGCGUCAGGCGGAGGCCGGUGCUUCAGCAGCUCGCCCGCUGAUGCUGCUGCUGCAGAGGUGGUACAGAGUGUGUCUGUCGCGGCUGCCAGCGGGGGCAGCGAGGUGGCCGCCAUCGCCAGCGAAUCGGCGGCCCCCAUCGCUGCCAUUCAGUACAUGCUGGAGGCGAUGCACCAGUACACCGGCCUGCCCUGGUGGGCCACCAUCGCCGCCACCACUCUGACUGCGCGCGCCUGCCUCUUCCCCAUCACCCUCUUCCAGAUGCGAUCAACGGCCAGGAUGUCGGCGGCCCGCCCUGAGCUGGAAGUGCUGUCCAAGAAGAUGAGGGAGAAUGUAACCGACCACCAGGCGACGCAGGAGAUCCAGCGACAGAUGUCAGAAGUUAUGAAGAAAUACAAUGUGAAUCCGCUCAAGACGAUGGCAGGGGCGUUUGCACAAGCUCCCCUCUUCAUUGGCUUCUUCUUGGCGAUUCGGCGGAUGUCAGAGAAUUUGCCGUCGUUCAAGGAAGGGGGCCUCUUCUGGUUCACGGACCUGUCUGGCGCUGACCCCACCUACCUGCUGCCCACCAUCUGCGCUGCCACCUUCCUGAUCACUGUUGAGGUGGGAGCCAUGGAGGGCAUGCAGGGGCAGCCCAUGGCCAAGACCAUGAAAAUGGCGAUGCGCGUCCUGGGGGUGGCCAUGGUUCCCCUCACCAUGUCCUUUGAGAAGGCCCUCUUCUGCUACUGGAUCCCGUCCAACCUCUUCUCGUUGCUGCAAAGCUCACUUCUCAAGGUACCGAAGGUGAAAGAGGCACUUGGUAUUCCAACUUUGAACGAAGCAGGUCAGCAACCGUUGCCCAUGGCUUCAAGUAUGCAUCAAACAGAAGUAGUCAGUAGUACCCCAACAUCUUUGCAGUCAAUACCACGACCAACUAAAAAGAGGCGAAGUAAACGGAAAUGAUUCUGUUGACGGGUAUCGAUCAUGCUGUAAGAGCGCUGUUAGUAUGCCAUCCCGGUGAUAUAAUAUGCUUUCUCGAUGUGAUUUCUUAUGGGCAUACCAGGCCUCGCCACAAGUCGCAAAGAUUGCCUCGUUCAAUUGUCUAGACAGGGUUCACUUUGACGCUUCUUGGCAGACGGCAUGAUUUCGUGUAAAGGGCUGGUCCAGAUUGUCUUUCAGAUCCAAACUAUACUCAUCUU